AUGAAUUUAAAAAGUCUUAAUUCCUUAGAAGACAAAGAAAAUUUAGACUUUCGAGGAAAACAUCGCGAUCUCCCCUCCACAAAUCGUUCCUUUGGCUCUGACCUCACACGAGUUCCCCUUCAAACUCGAGACAUUGACAAAGAAGACGAAUCAGAUCCCCAAAGACUCGGAGACUACGCCAAAGACAUUUUCUCCUACCUUCAUACCAUAGAGCAACGAUACAUUCCACAAUAUGGUUACAUGAGAUCUCAGCGCGAUAUCAGUGAAAAAAUGCGAGCCAUCCUUAUAGAUUGACUUGUUGAGGUCCAUCACAAAUUCAAACUUUUACCUGAAACACUUUUCUUGACUGUCAAUAUAAUUGACAGAUUUCUUGAAAAAGAAAUUAUACCAAGAAACCAACUCCAGCUUAUCGGGGUCACUUCUAUGCUGAUUGCUUCAAAAUUUGAAGAAAUUUAUGCCCCAGAAAUAAAGGAUUUCGUGUAUAUAAGCGAUAAAAGCUGCUCAAAAGAAGAAAUAAUUAGAAAGGAAAGUGAAAUACUGAGGGUCCUUGAUUUUAAUAUUACAACUGUCAGUCCUUUGAGAUUUUUAGAAAGAUAUGCAAGAAUUUCUAAUUUAAAUGAAAGAGGCUAUAGCAUGGCUAAAUACUUUAUUGAGCUUUCAAUUAUUGAGUAUAAAAUGCUGAGGUAUAAAGCAUCGAUUCUUGCUGCUUCAGCAAUUUAUCUUGCAAAUAAAAUCCAAGGAAGCCAAAUAGUGUGGCCACAGUCUCUUGUAGAAAAUUCUCCUUAUAAAGAAUCAGACCUAAAACCAUGUGCGAGAGAUCUAUGUAUGCUUGUUCAAGGUGCUGAAAAGUGCAGCUUGCAAGCAAUUCGAAAAAAAUACUCUCAGCCUGCAUAUUUAGAGGUAGCUAAAAUUGUAAUUAUAUCCCAACCACACAAGUAA